CAAUGAUUAAGGAUGACGUAUCUAUUAUAGUUCCAACUCUUAAAGAACUCAAAGCAAAUUUCCUGACUAAAAAGUCAAGACCUAUUCCUUUUAGACUUCAAUAGUUGCAUAACCUACUCCGAGGCCUUAAAGAAUUAAGAAAUGAAUUUUAUGAAGCUUUUCAGAAAGUAUUUUUUUCCUAAAAAUCUUAUAGGAUCUGGGAUAUUAAGAUUAAUUCUUUUGUGAAUUAGUAUAGUAUUAAGCAGUUUUAACUCAUAUUGAAUGUGACAUCAAAAACAUAUACAAAUAUACAGCCAAAAGAUCCAUAAGUACAUCCAUAAUGGCAGCUCCAGGAACAAGCUAUUUAAUACCAGAACCCUAUGGAGUUGUUUUAGUUAUAGGAGCUUGGAAUUAUCCCAUUUUCACUUGUAUACCUUAGGUAGCUCAAGCAAUUGGAGCAGGAAAUGCAGUUGUCUUGAAACCUUCUGAAAUGGUUCCUAAUAUUUCUAAUCUCCUAGCUAAAUUAAUAACAAAGUAUUUGGAUUAAUCCCUCUAUCGUGCUAUAGAAGGAGGAGUAAAUGUAGCAAUUAAUAUUACCAAAUAACCUUUUGAUCUUAUCAUUUUUACUGGAGGAACAGAAAAAGGAAAAUUAGUAGCCAAAGCUGCAGCUGAAAAUUUGGUUCCUUGUAUUUUAGAAUUAGGUGGUAAAGGACCAUGCAUUAUUGAUUCUUCAAGUGACUUAGCCUUAGCUGGAAGAAGAGUAAUUUCUACAAAAUUAUAUAAUUGUGGUUAAACAUGUGUAGCUCCAGAUUAUGUGUUAGUUGAAGAAUCAAUAUUAGAUAAUGUUGUUAACACAUUUAAAUAAUAAAUAAAAGAUUUUUAUGGACCAGAAACUAAAAAAUCUGGAUGCCUAAACAGAAUAGUUAAUGAAUUCCAUACUAAUAGAAUUGCUGAAUAUUUAAAUAAUCAUGGAGGUAAGAUUGUUCAUGGUGGUUAAUAUGAUUUAAAAGAAAAAUGGAUUGAACCAACAUUUGUUGUUAAUCCUGAUCCUAAUAGUGAAUUAAUGAAAAAUGAGAUAUUUGGACCAAUACUUCCUAUUAUAACAUAUAAGAAGAUUGAAGAAGCUAUUGAUUUUAUUAAUUCUAGACCUAAACCAUUGGCUCUCUAUUAUUUUGGUACAAAUAAAAUCCAUAAAAAUGCUAUUCUUGAAUCUACAUCAUCAGGAGGUGUUUGUAUUAAUGAUUGCAUUUUUCAUUUGAUUAAUCAAGAAUUACCAUUUGGAGGAGUAGGUGAUAGUGGUUAUGGAGUUUGUGGUAGUAAAUUUGGAUUUGAUCAAUGUUAACAUUUAAAACCUGUUCUUGAAAAAUCCACAAUUGAUCCAUCAGCUAGGUAUUAAAUAUAUAUUUUAUUUAUUAGAUAUCCACCAUACACAAACAGCAAAAAAAGUUAAAUGAAUUUUUUGACUAGUUUAGGAAUCUAUACCUAAUCAGAAGUUUUGUAUAAACUAUUAUUUAUUAUCUUCCUAUUGGUAAUAAUAAUAUAUUUAACAUGUUGUUGUGGCUGUUCUAAAAACAAGCUUUAAAGUGAUUUAUGA